UCACACUUCCUCAGUCACGCGGCCUCAUCCUGCUUCUGCUCACGAAAAGAGAAAAAUCGGAGGAGGAGAGAGAGAGAAGAGGGGAGGGGCAGAGGAGAGGGAGGCUCUCUACUCCUAGCACUGCCCAUGUCGGCGGCAUCGUCGAGCGGCGCCGGCGGCGCCCUCAUCAACGACGUGCUCACCGACGACGUGCUCCGCGCGGUGCUGGCGCGGCUGGUGCCCGAGGCGGAGCGGGACGCGUUCGGGCUCGUGUGCCGCCGCUGGCUCCGGAUCCAGAGCUCCGAUCGGCGGCGCCUGCGCGCGCGCGCCGGCCCGGCCAUGCUGCGCCGCCUCGCUGCGCGCUUCCCCGGGAUCCUCGAGCUGGACCUCUCCCAGUCGCCGUCCCGCUCGUUCUACCCCGGCGUCAUCGACGACGACCUGGACGUCGUCGCCGGGGGCUUCCGCAAUCUGCGCGUCCUCGCUCUGCAGAAUUGCAAAGGUGUAACUGAUGUUGGAAUGGCAAAAAUAGGAGAUAGACUGCCCUCUCUGCAAUCCAUAGAUGUUUCCCACUGCAGAAAGCUUAGUGACAAAGGUCUAAAGGCAGUUUUACUGGGGUGUCAAAACUUGAGGCAGCUGGUCAUUGCUGGUUGCAGAUUAAUAACUGAUAAUUUGUUGAUUGCUCUAUCAAAAAGUUGCAUACAUUUGGAAGAUCUUGUGGCUGCAGGAUGUAACAACAUAACAGAUGCAGGGAUCUCAGGUCUAGCUGAUGGUUGUCACAAGAUGAAGUCACUAGACAUGAGCAAAUGCAAUAAAGUCGGGGAUCCUGGAGUCUGUAAAUUUGCUGAGGUCUCUUCAUCGUCAUUGGUAUCAUUAAAACUGUUGGAUUGCAACAAAGUGGGUGAUAAGUCCAUACAUGCACUAGCUAAGUUCUGCCAUAACCUGGAGACACUCGUCAUUGGUGGAUGUCGUGAUGUUACUGAUGCGUCCAUAGAAGCACUGGCUUUUGCCUGCUAUAGCAGACUAAAGUGCUUAAGAAUGGAUUGGUGCUUGAAGAUAACAGACUCCUCACUGAGAAGUCUAUUGUCUAACUGUAAACUUCUUGUGGCUAUUGAUGUGGGGUGCUGUGACCAAAUUACAGAUGCAGCAUUUCAGGAUAUGGAUGCAAAUGGAUUUCAAUCUGCACUGAGACUUCUGAAGAUCAGCAGCUGUGUUAGGAUCACAGUUGCAGGAGUCAGGAAUGUGAUCGAAUCCUGUAUGGCCCUUGAGCACCUAGAUGUUCGGUCAUGCCCUCAGGUCACAAGGCAGAGCUGUGAGCAAGCUGGGCUGCAAUUUCCUGGUAGCUGCAAGGUAAACUUUGAAGGCAGCUUAUCUGAGUCUGAUCCAUCUGUUGCUAUAUUCUUUUAGGACGAUCAAUAGCGUCCCAUAAUUCUUUUCUAGAUUUCGCCGAAGAACUUGAGAACUCAUCAUGUCAAAAUGUACCUGAUAUUGUGGUUGGUUUUGGGCGUGUGUUGCACAAUUUGAGGUAGAACUGGAUGAUGCCGUGGAUGAAAAAAUGUGCAGGUGUGCACUGUUCAAUUCUCAUGUGCUGUACCUGUAGUCCUGUACUAUGUAGAAAGUAGCACACUACAGAUUCUUGGAAUCUGUUGGUUAGUACUUAGUAGUUAGCUUUUGAGAAUAUAGAGAAACUGGCUUCUAGUUCAUGAUUCUACAACUACAUUUUCUUAGAAUUUAGGCGACAAUCUGGAUUUCUUUGGGUGAGCCGAAUAUUCCAUGAGAAACUGCAGAAGCUUCUCAAACUAGACCUAUAAGUUGUGCGCUGUACAUGCACGUUAUAGGGAAAUGCUGCUUGAGGUUGAUA